GCCUCCCACAGAGGGAAGAGCGGCUUGUCUGAGAGGUAGCUGCAACCAGCAUCCCCAAGGUACAGCUGAAAAGCACUCACUCCCACCCCUGCUGCUUCCUCAGGAGUCAGCUGGCAGCCCUGCCACCCCAAUCCCAGUGCUCCGCCAUGAUAAGGAAAGGCUUCCAGAUGGCAGCAAGACUUGGCCACCACAGAGCCCAUCCUGGUGCCCUCCACAGCCUUUCCAGGUUCAACUCUGCCUCUGUGUUCGGAUCCUCCGUGGACUCCGUGGUCUCAAGAACCUGUCAGGAGAAGACAGACUUGAAGAAUUAUGCCUCCCCCAAUGCCAGCUGGUGUCCAGACAUGCUGAGCCUCUACCAUGAUUUUCUGGAGAAGACCAAGGCCGAUGGCUGGGUCAAACUGUUAUCCUUCAAGUCCAACAGAGACCAUAUCCAGGGGUUCAAGAUCCCAUUAGGUCUCCAGGUUACCUCAGACAAAAGGGACUGGCGCCUCUUCACCAGGUGUAUCGAAACAGAAGGACAAGGCUACGAGUAUGUCAUCUUCUUCCAUCCAUCCCAGAAGAAGUCUGUCUGUCUUUUCCAACCAGGCCCCUACCUGGAAGGGCCCCCAGGGUUUGCCCAUGGAGGGUCCCUGGCAGCCAUGAUAGACGAGACCUUUUCAAAAACUGCUUACCUGGCUGGAGAGGGCCUGUUAACACUAAAUCUCAACAUCAGCUUCAAAAAUUUGAUCCCCGUGGACUCUCUAGCUGUGCUGAAUGUUGACGUGGAAAAGAUUGAGAACCAGAAGAUUUACAUGUCCUGCAUCAUCCAGAGCCGAGACCAGCAGACACUUUACGCCAAAGCCUCAGGCAUUUUCCUCCAGAUGCCACUAGAAAAGGAUUCAUCUAAAUAAUAGCCCCUGUGCCUUCAGGAGAGCCUACUGCUGACUGCCUUGCCUACUGCUGACUGCCUUGCCUGGGACCCACCACCAAGCAGAGAGGAGUGACCAGAAAAUAACCAGUAAAGUGAGGGAGAGGGCACUUUCCUCUGCAUAAAUAAAGUCUCACAGCCCCCUUCUUAGCCCAAGACCCUUCUG